AAGUCGUGAAUUUAUCGCAUAUCACCACCACACGAGGAAACGUUGACAAUUUUGCUACGCCGCCGUUCUGUGAAAUAUGCACGACUUUUUUCCUCGCGGACUGUGGCCAGCCUCCAUUUGUCGUUUAUGGCAGAAAAGAGUGUGUUCCUUGAAGUUUCGGCGGUUAGACCACAACUUAAAAACAAAUAUGGCGUCGGGUAGAGUACGUUCGGGAGGAAACAUGUUUGGAACACCAAAGCCUCAAGUCAGUAAGGAAACACAAGAACUCCUAAACCUAAUGAUGAAGGAGUCAAAACUCACAAAUUUUCAAAGAAGACAACUAAAUUCAACCAUAAAGGAUGGUAAAUCUUUGCCGGCUUCUUGUAACCCUACGAGCAGUCAGUCAAAACAAAAGGCAUCUCCAACACCUAGUCCUGUCGCACCAAAAGUCCUUAACGGAAGACAUUUAGCUAUGUCUGGCAAACGCAGGAAAGAUACAAUUGAUACAAUGGUACAGGAUGAACCUAAGGAUGUGUACAGACCUCUGCCUGGAAAAUUGAUCACCGAAAAAGAUAAAAGGAAACUUCAAAACAAAAUGGCAUAUGGUGUUGACAUACCAGAAGUUAGUUUGCCAGUUAAACACCAACCACUUGCUGUCAAUACUAAUGAAGAAGAGAUAGAUGAGUUUGAUAUUGUGUUGGACGAGAUUGAAGAACGUAGACAAUUUCUGAAAGAUAUGGAAAGUUUAGGACAAGGAAAAAAGUAUCGUACAAUUAUACAAACUGAAAUAUCUCAGGUAAUUUUACAAAAUUAGCGUCAAAUUGAUCUUAAAUGCAUUGUUAGUAGUUCCCAGCGUAUAGCAAUAGAGCUAUCGAAACAUAGCCCAGAAUACACUUGCUUGUUCAUGACAUAAUAAUAUCUAUAUUAUUCCACAACAAAAAUUCUAAGCAUACUACCAUGUAAGGAAAAUUAAUCAUCAUUGAACACUGAUUUACAAAAAUGCAGCUGCUGUGAACUCUUUAAUAGAAAGUUCUAUGUUAGGCUUUCUCCUCUUCCCUCACAUGUGAGAUCCAAAAAAAGAAAAAGUCAAAUUCUGUACAAAACAUGUAAUAAUUUUUUAUUUUUAUUUUUGCAUGUAAAUAAACUUGCCUUUUUUUUACUUUUGAAUUAAAACGAAAAAAAUUCGAAUUGUCUUUUUUCUGUUGUGAUCCCAUUUAUUUCACGUCGCCAAUAAUUUCCCAACCUAAAAUAUAUUUGCCAUGCCUGCCGACUUCAUGUUUCACUUGGCAAUGUAUUUUGUGAUAUAUAGAGAAACUUUUAAGUCUAGAGAGAAAUUGACUUUGAAACAUUUACAAUUUGAGUUCUAGGUUAAACAAGUAACUUACCAGCGUGAAUAUAGAACAUUUGUUACCUCGUCGGCAAUUUCCCAAUGCUGAUGAGAAUCAGAAAGGCUGCAUUAAAAAUUCUUAUGC